AUGACAAAGACGACGGUGUUCGAGAAGUUAACAGUGAUAAAGACAGAAACUUUUGAUAUGCUCUGGGACUACUAUGAUCUUUCUGCUAACAACUCGCUUGUUUUCAUCGACAACAACGACAGCAUUAACAUUAAUGACAACAACGAUUUCAAAGCAACACUCACCAACUAUUCAACUUUUGAUGAUAAUGUUGACAUUAAUGACAACAACGAUUUCAAAGCAACACUCACCAACUAUUCAACUUUUGAUGAUAAUUUGGAUGAGACGUUAAUCUGGGAAAGCAUAAAUCUAGAGAUUAACGAUGUCAGUGGAGUUGAUUCUAAUGCUGAUGCGAAUAUUCAUACUGAACACAAAUUGGUUACAGAUGACGUUUCAAGUUUUGGGAAAACUCUUCCAGCAUGCACUUAG